AUCUCAGAUUGUAAAACCUAAUGUUCCCAUAAGAUGAUGAGUCUAUUCCAUACCUCAUUCGUGUUACGACAUGACAAUAAUCAGAAGCAACUUCACGAUGGUGUGCUGUCGAAGAAAUGGCGGAGUGUUUUUGCAUGGGGGGAGUUGUAAAAAUUUAAGCGUGAGGCAUGUGGGUGUUGUGACGAUUCACGAGCAAGUAGUCAAUUAAACGCUUCUUUCGGCAUGAGCGACCACUUCUGGGAACCUUUAGCCGAAGUGUACAUCGCGGAGCAGGCCGAGUCCCCUAAUCCUGAUAGUUACAUUUAUUGUCUUUGCAGCAGAGUAUUCGUUCGAAAUCCAGAGGUUUACACGGUCCUUGCUUUAGAAGAUGCAAGUGAAGGUGAAGAUGUUGAAGGCGAUUGUAUCGGAGAAAUGUUAGAUCUUCACAAAAGGUCUAUCAUAGAAACACAAUCCAUCGAGAAACACGAUGAAGAACCGGUGAGCUGUUAUUGCAGCGCAUCGCACACAGACAACAAUUAUUCCACGGAUGAACAUGACUCUGUUCGUGAUUCGGCUCAUCGUCCUGCUACACAUUCCCUCACGCAAAAAUUGGGUCUGCACCAAUCGGACUCAGGUGCAGACCUCUCCGAAUACCAUGAUCAACACGAGGCUAAGAGCAUACAAAACCUGUUGGCAUCGUAUGGAAAAACUUUUCAAACCGCAGAAACUGAAGCAGGUGAUGGAUAUGAGAAAGUGAAUGUAUUCGCACAGCACCAACAAGAGAAGGGCUUCGAAUUCGAAUCGAAUACAUUGAAUAUUCAUCCGUUAGAUCCUGAUCUUGCAGACGGCAUUGAAGUUUUUAGUUACGAUUCAUCCCAUGUUAACGAAAAGAAGUUUCACGUAGAAAAUCCUUCUUUUACCUUAGGUGAUAAAAAUCCUGAGAUACAUAGCAUAUCGAAAAAUGUUUCGUUAAGUAACACACAGGCUCGUAACGAUGAUGUAUUUACAUACAACGGUGACCGUAGUUCUAACGUUUAUCCAUAUUAUUCUAUGUAUUCGAAAACCAAGAGUGUAAUGAACAUGGCAUGGGACAGGUAUUGGUCUGACAACGGUGAACAUUUAAUUUGGACAUCUUGGAUCGCAAAGUAUGCGGAUUACAUAAAUCCAGAAUACUUACAACACAAUGCUCAUUUAAACGACGAAAGACUGGUAAUGAAUGAACGUGUAGAGAGAUUUUCGGAACAAAAUACUUGUUUUCCUAAUCAAGCGCACAUAAACUGUGAACUUGAUCGCUCAAAUUUUGAAGGAAUAUUUAGUAAAAAUAACUUUACUGGUGAUGCUGAAAUGAAAGCAAAAGACACGUGCAACGUUAAUUUCUCGUUUGACGAUAUAAAUAAGCAAGAAGUAAACGACAUGGACGCGGAGGAGAAUAGGAUAAAAUUGUUAAAUCUUGAAAAUUCCCCAGAAACUGGCGACGGAUGGAAUCCAUUGAGUCCAUUUAGUCUAGAAGAAAGCUACAACCAACAAUCUAACGCUGAGGAUGAACGACUUUUAACAAGAUGCGAUUCGAUCAAUGAGUCAAUAGCAAAGACAAACGCAACAUCAGACUCCAUGACGAACGUUACAAAAAUGACUCUUACUAGUUCUAGUUGCGACUCUAUUUCUAUUCACUCGUCUAGUUUCAUCAGUUCUGUAACCAGUUCCAUCGAAAGCAAUAUAACAAGUACCAGUUCCGAUCAAGACAAUGAAUACAUUUCGGAAGACAAUGACAGAUAUUGGCAGCAUUUGUGGAAAGAAAAUUUUCAAAUAGAGUACCAAAAGCAUUACGAAUUAUUUAUGGAAUGGUAUAAAAGGGAGCAGUCUGAAAUUAAUGGCCAACUUUACGAUGAACAGUAUAAUAAAGAAAUCAUAAAGGGCGAAGAAAGCGAUGAAAGUAUAAACCAAAAUUUUAUACAAAGAGGAAACGAUACUUCCAUUAAACUUAACCUAUCCGAAAAUAAAAAUGCGUCUAACAAGAGUGUGACGUAUUUAAAGAGAGAAAAGACUAAAAAGAAACGAUUAAUUAUCGAAUCGGUAGGAAUGCUCAUGCAAAAUUUAACAAUGAAAUCAGAGGAUAAUGAAUCUGUUGUAGAUGAAAACGAGACAGCCGAACAAGUAGAACAUUCACGAAAUGAUAAACGCGAAGAUGAUACUGCGGUUACGCGAAAUGAAAGUAGUAUAAUUAUUUCUAAUAACGUUAGCGGUGGUAAUGUUCAACGUAAAUGUUCCAACGAGGGGGACGGAGACAAACCCAACGAAGAUAAACCCGUAACGUUGAAACGAAGCCAUGAGGCGGAUUACGACGAUACAGGAGAGGGUCUAGAAACGGUAAAAAAAGCAUUUUCGUUAAUGGGUUAUACGUUCAAUGAAAAUGAGAAACAGUCGAAAUUGCAAGGAGAAGUAGUAUACAGGAAAAGAAAUAUUAGAUUACAAAAUAGACAAUUAAAAAUGAAACUCUCUAGACCUAAACCUACGACCAAACAUAUUUACUUUGAUGAUAACGGAGUGGAAAUUACUAAUACUAUAGACAAGGUAAAACAAUAUUUAUCGUAUUGUCCAGUUUUACCAUCGGCGGAAACGGAAUUACAACCCUCUGAAAAAGGUUCCUACACAGCACAAUUUACAUCAAGUUCUGAUGACGAAUGUGAUCCUAGCCUUAAGAUAAAAUUGCAAAAACGACUUGUAUUUAGUAAACCGAGUACAAGUUCAAUAGAAUCAGGGAUAGACAGAAAGCAAAUAGAUGAUACAAACGAUGUUUUUAAUAUAUCCAAUAAUCAAGAUAAUGUUUUUAAAAGUAUCGAAAUGGAUAAGAUACAGUUUGACCAAAAUAAAGCAAGCAAUUCUACAAAGUUUAUGUCGGAAGAAAAAUUUCCUGAAAAAGAUGACGAGAACUUUAAUGUAUUAAAUGACGAUAUGGAUGUAGACGAAAAGUAUAAUUACAACGAAAUACAAACUAUGAAGUUAUCCGACGAAGAUAGUGUAAAAAGGACGCAAAAGAAGAAAAAAAGGAAACAAUCUAAGAGAAAUAUAAGCCUUCCGGCAGAAAUAGACAAUGAUAAGUCUUUGUUGAAAUAUUGGUUAAAAAGGUAUCGCUUAUUUAGCAAGUUUGAUCAAGGCGUUAAAUUGGAUCGUGAGAGCUGGUUUUCUGUAACACCUGAAAAAAUUGCUGAACAUAUAGCGCAAAGAUGCAAAUGCGAUACGAUAAUUGAUGCAUUUUGUGGCGCUGGAGGAAAUGCCAUUCAGUUUGCUUUUACGUGUGAAAGAGUGCUUGCAAUAGAUAUAGAUCCGAUUAAGAUCGAACUUGCUCGAAACAAUGCGCGAGUUUACGGUGUUGACGACAGAAUAGAGUUUAUCGUCGGAGAUUUCCUUAAGCUCGCACCAAAGUUAGUUGCGGAUGUUGUAUUUCUAAGCCCUCCGUGGGGAGGACCUGGAUAUAACAAAAACGAAACUUUUGAUCUCAAUAACAUUAUGCAUCCCAUUGGUGGAACAAAUGUAUUUAAAAUAGCAAAAGGAAUCACAGAUCACGUGGCCUACUUUCUACCUAGAAAUGUAGAUACUAUGCAGCUUGCCAUGUUAGCCGGAGUAGGUGGUGGUGUAGAAGUGGAACAAAACUUCCUUGACAGAAAGUUAGUAGCUAUAAUGGCUUAUUAUGGUGAACUGCCCAGGGACUGUUAGUUGUGAUACGAUGUGUAAUUUCAGAGAAGAUCCACAUCGGUUCGCUUGAAAAAUAAAAAGGUACUUCUCACAUUUCUCGAAUCAUUAGCUGUAAAUAAUAAUUCGUAUCAAUUUGCUUAGGCUACUCCGAAGAGAAAACGGUAUUUUUUAUUUCGCUUAAUGUUUUCUUACUGAAUGGAUAUAAAAAGACAAACUACUAUAUCGUAUAAUUUACAGGUAUAUUUUUUAAUCUUUCUGUUAUUUUGUCUUUCUCUUCUUUUUCUCUAUUUUAAAUAUGUUUGUAUCUCCAGUAGUUACCAUUUUCACAAAUCUUGCACUUAAGCAAAUUGAUACCAAAAAUUUCAAUUUGUGGGGACAUGUUUGUGAAACUCAGCAAUUAAUAUGUGAACGUUUAAGAAAAAAAAAA